CCCCCCCCCUCUCCUGGGGCAGUUGAGUGGAACUAAGGCAAUAAAGGCUGCACGCUGGUACCUGCUGCCUCCCCCCGCUGCUUCCUAGGGCCCCCAGUGCAGCCCAGCAAGGGACUGGGAGCACUGGGCGGGGAGGGGGAGUUCUCUGAUGGCUGCUGUGGGGUUGGACACCGGUGGGACAAUAACACCUGGUCUGAAACUACACCACCAGGUGGUCCGUUUUCAUGCUAGAAAGCAGUGAUUUGAGGCCAGAAAAGGAAAGGUGCUGGAUGGGCAUGCUGGCUGCAGCCUCGUUUUGGGGUGAAAACUCCCCAUAUUGGCGCACCCCACGCUGCAAGGACUUCUCUCUGGAGUGGGAAACCCUCUAAAUUCAUCCCGCCCCCAAUUGGAUGGAAAUUUUGGGUGCGAUUCCUGUUUUCCUCUGGAGGACGUACAAACACGGCGAGUAGAGCAGAAAAUGAAGAUUUUGGGUUAAAAAGGAAAAAAAUAGGGAUUUACUCCUUUUUUUUUUUUUUUUUUUCUUUUUUUCCUAGAAAUGCCCACUUUUUGGUGUUUUUUGGGGUGAGGUGAGCUGCUUUGGUGCCCCCAGCACCUCCUGGCAGUGGGAGUUUUGUGUUGGCCUGAAGCUGUUCUUCAGGAUGCCAGCAGUGCAUUUUUCCCACUUUGAGAAGAAAAAUGUGUUGAUUUUGUGCAGAAAACAGAGAAUUUCCCAAUUUCCCAGUAAUCGCCACCCCCUUUAUUUUAUUUAUUUGCACUUCAGACUUUGGCCCUUUUCCUGGGUUGCUGGCUGCGCGCAGCCAACUGUUCCACUUUAGAAGUGACCCAAAAAGGACCUAAAAGACCCCAAAAUAACAGGGCUUACGUUGUGGUGAGGAUUGCAGUCUGUAGUUGGCCGGGCAGGAUGCUCACUAUCAAGCUCUUCCUCACUGCUGCCCUCCUCUUCCUCACCCACAAUGGGGCUGAUGGAGCUCCUGGAUUGCCAGUGGGAAGGAAGCUUCUCCAACACUCUGCCUCCAGCUGGACUGGUUUUCAGAGGGCGGAAGGCAAGGAGUUGCCUUCCUGGCUGUCGUGGGAGCCUUUUGGUGGUGAGUUGCCAGCCGACACCGUGUCCAACUGGAACGCCUACACCAACCUGACAGAGUACGUCUGCUUAUCCAAGUCUUGGCACUGCAGCAUCGGUUCCUACGUUCCCAGCCGGGGUCCGUUUUGCACUUUUGCAUUCGCAGGAUUGGCACACGACUCGGGUGAAUUCAUGGUGUUGGUCAACAAAGGGAAGUUGGAGGCGCUGCGAUGGGUGGAUGACUCGUUUGGUGAUGUACCUGAGAAUGCUGUAGAGGGUUGUGAGUCAUCUGAUAUCUACGUGGGGAGGAACCGGUACGGCCUGGGGAAGGUCUCCAAGGAGCAGAGGGCUUUAUUUGUGUCAGUGGAUGGCAAGGAGGUGUGGUUCAAGUGGUACCAAGUCUUGACGGUGAAGACGGGGCCGGCAGACAUCACCAUCUCAGGUGUCCUCUACAACGUGAGCGCAGCUGCGGAGCGCAGUAAAAACGUCACCGUAACGAAGAUCACGGUGGAAAACGAAGGCUGCCAGGGGACGCGGCGAGAUGUCACCUUGGAAGAAGCCACCGAAGUGGAGCAGGACUGGGAGCUGGACCAGGAGAUCUUCAGCAGCGUCCGCGGGGUGCUGGAAGCUGGCCUCUUGGCCUUCAACGGGAUGAGCUGGGAGGCCACCAACGUCAUGAAUGUCACCUGGCUGGGAAAAGCCAGUGCUGGUGAGUACGCUGAACACACCCACAAGGUUGAGCUGGAGAUGCAGCCCCGCAGCACGUGCACGGUAGCCAUGGUGGGACGUCGGCUGGACGCCCGCAUCCCGUUCACUGCGAAUCUCACCAGGGAUUUUGGUGAUGGCCAACCGCACCAGGUGGAAGUGACAGGGGUGGCUCGCAGCCAGCAGGUGGUGGGUAUCCGGGCUGGCAUUGAGCGGUGCUGGCCCCUUCCUGGUUCAACACGGUGCUGAGCACAGCAGAUGGUGAUGGGGUUCACCACGUGCAGCUGAAUGCCAUGUAAUGCGUUGGGUUUUUUCUCUCCAAUCAGUGUAUUUUUUGCAGACUGCUACGUCUGUUUUAUUUCCCCAGUUACCUACAUCUCUCCCUAAAAAGCCACAGCGACAGAGUGGAGUGCAGAAAAAUGCAUGUUUUCACAGUCUUCGUCUUCCACUUUUUCCCCAUUUACUUCCAUCUCCCUCAGAAUGACACAGCAGCAACC